UUUUUUUCUUUUAACUUUCUUCCAUUAUAUCUUUUUUAUCUUUCCCUUUUUAUUAUUUUUAUUUCAAUUUUCUCUUAUCUUUUGAAGAAUUCAAUAUCAGAAUUUUCUCGUUUACUUUACUCUACGGUACAAAUAACAAAAGCAUGGAACCAACUCGUUACAGGUCCCGGCAUCCUCAGUCUCCUACGCACCGGUCUCCAGAACUACCACAUCCAUCUCUUACUGGAAUUGCUCAAUCAUAUGAAGUUACCAAUGAACCCACUGCAGCUCAAAAGUUUGUUCAACAACACCUUCUAGAGCAACAGCAAAAGCAGCAGCAACAACAACAACAACAGCAGCAGCAGCAGGAACAACGUGUCCGACUCCAACAAGAGCAAUUAGGUUUCUCCAUAGGUUCCUCUACGGCAGUCAAUAGUGAUGUUACUGAAAAGGCAGAUUCUACCAAUACAUUACCAUCACAAUCCAGCUUAUCCAUGUUCCAAUCUGCGGCUUCUGCGGAUGAUAAUAGUAUUUCCGGUGUUUUCUUGGACAAUGUGCAUAGCAGCAACAAUGACAAUAGGAUCAACAACCGUUAUUUUGGCGAUGAAGAACCUACAGACAAUAGCAGUAGUAUUGGCGGUGAUAGUGAUGUUGGUUAUCAGCAGGAUGAGGAUUCUGGGUUUCAAAUCUACGGCAAACCAUUGGCACCAUAUGAUCAGGAACAACGACGACGUAGUUACCUAUUCAGUCAAAGUACAGAUAACAAUGAUGAUGACGAUGAUGAUGAUGAUGAUGAUGAACAUGGAAGUGACGACUACAAUAUCCAUAGUAAAAACGAUGAUGACAGCGAUAACCGUGGUGACAAAACAACAUCAGAAGAAGAUGACAAGAAUGAUGAACAAAGCAAUGAUGCCAUUCACUUGUUGACAUUCACCGGAUACAAGCAACAACAAGAAUAUAGUCAUCUCAGAAACAAUAACAACAAUACUACAGAAACCAAGUUUGAUCACGAUGGAUUUAGCAAUAGUGAUGAUUUACAAUAUUUGAUUCGACAAAGACAAGACGAAGAACUACGUGGAUAUCGACGAACACCUCGAGGUGGAAGACCUGUUAGCAGAACCAAAAGUGAUAUUGAUGAUGAUGAUGAAGAUGAUGAU